UUUUUUCACUAGUCUCACCAGCGUUCUUAUGGAUUCAACCUGGAAUUAGAUUAAUCCAUAUUAUUGAAUUGUAGUAAAAUUCUUAGAAUCAAAAAUUCAAUUUCUCUCAAAUUUUUAGAUGGGAGUGAGACCAAUGAAGCUGUUAAUAUGUGGAUUUGGAUAUUUUGCAAUAACCAUGGUCUCAAUUCUACAUAUCCCAGAAAAGACGACUGCCACGAUUAUUGGAAAGACUGUAAUGACUACUGGCAAUAGCUUCAAAUCAUGUCGAAUACCAACAGCUGAAAACACAAUCUACCAGCUGAUGAAGUCAGACAGGGAGCAUGUAACUUUACUGCCCAACUCGCCUGUACAGGGCAAUGGUACAGUGGUACAUAUUGAGUGCCAGGGGGCCAACAGAGGAACCACCAGUUGGUUUGGCCAGGAUUACAUGGUAUGCUACAAUGGAGAAUGGUAUCCUUCUGGAAAUGUUUGUAUAAAGUUUUGUCCACCAUUAAACCUGUUGAACUCAGUGACAGAAUGCACCCUGAACGAUAAACCGGUAUCUUGCCAGGAGAACGUGAGACCUGGCACAGUGGCUGAUAAUCGGUGUAAAGCAGGCUACGAUGACACAUCCACCAAAAGAAAUGAGAGAAAUAUCUGCCUCAAUACUGGAAAUUGGAGUUAUCAGUUCGUGGAAUGCUUCAUAUCAAAGGGCUACAAGGGUGUUCUAGAAAUGCUCAAAUCGAUGUCUUUUCUGCUACUGAAAGGCAGAGUCGAAUUCAAUUCGUUUGUUCGAGCAAUUUGCUCUCGAAAACAUUUGGAAGGUCAUCGACAUGAGGUCUCCAAAUCCAACAUAAGAUAUUUAAAUGGAACAGUAACAGGUUGGGACAAAUCAGGAAAACGCUUUUCAUUCAGAACUACAUUCUACAAUAAUGCAGACUGCAGAGAAUUGAUUUCAGAAUUGGAUGAGGAUGAUGAAGAACGUGAACAGCUUGAGAGUGAGAUAAAGAAGUUUGGUAGCUAUUGCACUGAUAGAGGAUUCCCGGAAUCUUUUCUCGGUACCGGAGCUAUUUACUAUGAUGAAGAUUUGAAAGCCAAUCGAUCCGUUGGUGUUCUCACACGCUUGUUCAAGUCUUUCAGUAUUUUUGUUGGACCCAGGUCGGAUGAGGCUCUAGAUGACAUGACACGCUUCUAUUCUGAUUUGAUUGACAAAAACUAUCGCGGAAAAUAAGUCUCAAUCAUCAAAUUCUUCUUGAAUUUCAAAUGCUGAAUACCAAACUGUGAACGUAUGGACCUCACACAUAUUACUGCUAUAUUGACAUUAUCUAUCAUGUCAUUGAAAAUUGGAAAAUAAUUCCUGGAAUUGGAAAAUAUUAUAUCAUCUCCAAUAUCUACAGUUUUUGAAUAAGAUUUUGUUAACUAGUAACUUUGCAAUGCCAUAGUUGUUAUUACACAGUAUUAGAUGAUUGUAAUUUGUUAACUGUAGCUGAAAAAAUACGAUUUGUAAGAUCAGUAUAAUAUAAUAAAUAAAUUUUAGUCUUGUCACAAGAUUCAAUCAUUCUGUAAUAUAUUUGUAUCUAUAUGUUGAGUUGAAAUUAUAUUGCUUUAUAAGAAUUAUAUUCAUGAAUAAUAAUAAUGAACGUUUAUGAAACGAAUAAUUAAUAUCAAUAAUCAAUUGGUUUGGCAUUUGAUUUUUAUUUGUUUGUGUUACAGACAACAUUGUGUUACAUAUACUCCCUACAUUUUCAUUAGAAGCGAUAAACCUUCCAGAUUAACAAUACGGUAACACUCAAAGUUUCACUGAAAUAGAUCCAAAAGAAAUCUGAUGUGCUACACUCAGACAACUUUCCUCGCACAUUGAACUGAAAGCCUCAUUCUUAAACGAGAAUCAUUAAGGGGAAUAAAUUAAUGACGAUUGGUGGCUACAUAUUUAAAACUAUAUUGUUUUCAGAGUACAUUUUCCUUUGUGUGAAUUGUGAAAUUUGACAAUUUUUUGAAAGUUGUCAAAAGAAGUGUUCUACAGGUGAAAUAUCUCGAAUAUGUGUUCUUUUGAAUAAACUGCUCUACCUACUGUAAGGAU